AUUUUGUAUGACAUGCUUUUUAUGCAUUGUCGUGACGAUAGAGACUGCAAGGAUUUUGGCGAUUAUGCCAUUACCAUCUUACAGUCACCAAGUUGCUUAUCGAACAAUAUGGACCACUCUGAGUCGACGAGGACACGACGUAGUUCUUAUAACAACAGAUCCGAUCAAUGAUCCUAGUUUAACAAAUUUGACAGAAAUUAACAUCCAUUCUACGUACAAGAUAUCAAGAAAAAUAGACUUCGUUAAAAUGAUGGAGCUCUCCUUUAUGAAUGCGCUACGUACACAAGCAUGGCCUGCAUGUCUCGAAAUAUCAGAAAUGAUUUAUAAGCAUCCAGAAGUACGUAAGAUAUAUGUAUCAAACAAUGAUCAACAAUUUGACGUAGUAAUUGCAGAGAUUAUUUUAACGCCUAGUUUUUACGGAUUAGCGCACAGAUUUAAUGCACCGCUUAUAGGUAUAUCAUCAUUAGAAUUGUCGAAUAAUAAUUACUAUUUACUUGGUGCACCUGUUCUGCCAUCACAUCCUUCUGCUUGGGAAAUGAGACUUGAUACUGGUUUUAAUCUUUCAUUAUGGCAAAGGAUAAGAAAUUUUAUUCGUCAGUGGUAUCACAUAUAUUGCGUAAUCUAUCACUAUUAUCCUAAGCAUCAGGCAAUAGCUGAAAAAUAUCUUGGAAAUGAUAUCCCGGACAUAAGUGAUAUAGAAAGAAAUAUAAGUAUUGUUUUGGAAAAUCAGCAAGAAGUUCUCUCGUUUUCCAGGCCAAAAGCACCUAAUAUUAUAUCAUUUGGAAAUCUUCAUAUUUCAAAAAAACUCAUGGCCUUAUCAAAAGAUUUGAUGGAAUUUAUAACAAAUGCACCAAAUGGAUUCAUUUAUAUGAGUUUAGGUACAAAUGUCAUGAUGACAUCAUUUCCAAAUAACAUACAACAAAUAUUUCGUGAUGUAUUUGCAAAUAUGCCGUGCAAAGUUUUGUGGAAAUAUGAAGGUGAAUUAAUAAAUAAACCUGACAAUAUCUACAUCGCUAAAUGGUUUCCGCAGCAAAGUAUCCUCGCCCAUUCAAACAUUAAAUUAUUUAUAUACCAAGGUGGGCUUCAGAGUACAGAAGAAGCUAUUUAUUAUAAAGUACCGGUCUUAGGAUUACCAGUAAUGGCUGAUCAGCAUAUUCAACUUAAAAAAGUAGAACUUCUUGGAAUUGGAAAACGUUUAAACAUUAUAAAUAUGUCAAAAGAAUAUUUAAAUAACAGUAUAAUAGACAUGUUAACCAAUGAAAAAUAUAAAAAAAGAAUUCUCGAAAUUAAAGCGUUAAAUGAAGAUAAACCUUAUGAUCUUUUGGAACAUGUGAUUUGGUGGAUUGAAUUUGUUAUUCGUCACAAAGGUGCUUUUCAUCUUCAUACCAGUAUCGCUAAUGAUCUUUGGUAUAUGAAAUUUGAUAUAGAUGUUAUAGCAAUUUUAUCUGUUUUUAUAUUUGUGAUACUACUUUGUGGUAUAGUAGUUAUUUAUAAAUUGUUAAAAAUGAUACUUACUCGUAAAAAAAUAACUAUUAGUGUUUCAUCUACAAUAUUAACCGGAAAAAAGAACAAUAAGAUUCAACAAUAG